AUGGAUGAUGUUCCCGCAAGUCAAUUUGGUGUGACGCAUCUUGUCACUCAUAAAACCACACACCAACAGUUCGCUUGCAAGUCAAUCACGAUGCAGAAGCUGAUUAACAAGAUGACAUCGACGCUGUCUGUCGAGAGAUGUGUUCAUAAAAAAAAUGCUACUUAUAUCAAAACCACCUACCAUAGUAACAAGUGUGACAUAGCUACCAUUGAUGAUGGGAGAUUAAUGGAUGAUGUUGAAGCUGGAAAAUUCUGGGGUUUCUUUGGUGGAUUUGCUCCACUUCCAAAGAAAACAGCUACAAAUGAUGCUCAAAGUACUCAUGCUUAUCCUACUCAGCUACUUUGGUUAACACAAUGUUCCAUUUGGAUCAACCUAUGUAUCUUCUUGGGUUUCUUGCUAACCAAAGCAGGGUUUAUCUCAUUAACAAAGAAUUCAAGUGAGUGGGCCUUGGAAGUUGCUACAGACCCUGAUUAUAGAUUUGAGUUGGUUAUUCAGCUUGGUAAACUUGACAUUGCCAAGGUAGAAUUUCUACUAGCUUUGUUCAAGAACAAAAGGAAAAAGAAUCUGUUUGCAAAUAGGAUUUUUAGUCUUUUUGACGUUAAGCAUAAGGGAGCUGUCUUCAUUAUAUUGGAUGAGGCUGAUGUUGGUGUUGUUAUGGGCAUCCAAGGAACUGAAGUUGCAAAAGAAAGCAGUGACAUCAUUAUCUUGGAUGAUGAUUUUUCUUCAGUCGUUGAUAUGCUUCUAACAUUUUGUAAAGAAAUGGGGCUUUCUUCUGUUGUUCUUGUUGGUCAUGAUGAUGGGGGUCUUCUUGCUUUAAAGGCUACACAAAGAGUGAAGGCAUCCGGGAACCUUAUUGAUAUAAAUGGAGAUAAAGGGUGUGGUGUUACUAACAACAAGCUUAUCAAGAUAAGUUGUUCCAGGAGAUGGAAAUGGAAAUGGUGCUCCUUAUCUGAUGCACCUAAAGGUUUUGACACCAAAUGUAAUCACUCCACUUUGGCAUCUCUAAGUAAAGGAUUUGCUGAGCUCUCCACAGAUGGACAGUUUCUACAACUGCGCUCAAAACAGGUAUGGUCAAGAAGAAUAACAGGGGUAGGGACGGAUUCUUACAAGGGAUAG